UCUGUAACGUCCUCUAUAACCAGUUGUUAUUAGGGCAUCGAAAUGGUAAAAAGCGAAUUAAGAAAGAACCUGUAACAUCGAGUCCUCCCCUGAAAUCUGCAACCAUAGCCAGACCAACAAUGAUAUGCUGGAUUGCAUAGAUUCAUUCUACAACCGUGAAGCAGUCAAAGUUCAAAUUGAAUAUUGUAUACAGAUGGGUCAACGUAUAUCAAAGGGAAAUGAAAUGUGACAGCGGACUCUGAUCAGCUGCAAGUCGGAAGGCAUAUACGUAUUGUGACCGCGGUACCGGGACAGGAAUACAUUUCAACACCAUCGAAUACUUGUAGAUCUGAUACUGCCAGUGGGAACCUUGGAAGAAUGAAGAACGAGUCCACAGACAGUUGACAGAGUGAUCUUAACGGCCUGACAUGCCUGUCGAUGUGAUAGAGUAUGGCCUUGGGGGCGCUGCAGCUGCCUGUGCAGUUCUUUUCACAAACCCUUUAGAAGUCGUCAAGACUAGGUUCCAACUGCAGGGAGAGUUGAAGGCAUGGGGAUCCUACCAGCGUCACUACAGGAAUGUCUUCCAUGCCUUCUACACCAUCGGUCGAUAUGAUGGUCUCCUGGCCUUGCAGGCUGGGUUGCCUCCGGCUGUCAUCUAUCAAAUCUUGCAAAAUGGGACUCGCCUGGGAACUUACCAGAUGUUUACAGACAUGGGACUAACGAAGAACAAGACUGGGCAGGCGAGUUUACCCAAGACGAUGUUGGCCGCAGGAGUUGCGGGUUAUUUGGGAGCUUUUGUCAGCAGUCCAAUGUAUCUUAUAAAGACUCAAAUGCAAUCCCAGUCUCACGAAGUCAUAGCCGUAGGUCACCAGCACGCUCACACGGGUUGGCUGCAAGGCUUGAAGAAGAUCUACGUAGAGGGCGGCGUCAAGGGUUUAUGGAGAGGGGUCAAUGCGCAGACCAUGAGGAACGGAAUCGGUUCGGCAGCACAACUUACCGCCUUUUCUCACACCAAAGAUUUCAUCACAAAGACAGAGAUGUUUCACCCUGGAAGCUAUCUUAUCCCCAUCAUUCCCAGUAUGGUGGCUGGUGCCGCUAACGUCGUCGUCAUGACGCCAUUAGACGUCAUCAGCACCCGGAUGUACAAUCAAGGCCUAGACGAAAGAGGGAAAGGGCUCUAUUACCGAGGCAUAUGGGACUGUGCAUCAAAGGUGUGGAGGAAAGAGGGUCUAAUAGGAUUCUACAAGGGAUGGUCUGCCUCCUGGUUUCGUCUGGCACCCCAAACUGUUCUCAGUCUUUCAUUCUGGGAUUUAGGACGAAAACUCUACUAUCGAAAUGUCAACAAAAACUGAGUCAAUGAUAAAAAAGAAAAGGAACGAACGUCAUUGAUACGAAAUGGUUUUUCCUGUGAAACAUGACAAUAUCAUAUUAACUCAAUAUACAAGAUCUGUUCGAAUAUAGAAAAGCAACUGACAUAGACAACAAAAUGUUCCUUAUAUUUGUGAGUGAUUUUUUAUUUUACCGGAAGCAGGAAAUAUUGAUGGUCUUCGUCAGCAUGAUUAGCAUAAUCCUGAUUCUUGACUGUGUAAGAAGAUGACAAAACUAUCAAUGUCCCGUUGUGAAUAUCUUAAAAAGUGAAUCAUCAAUUUAAUAGGGAGUUUUCGCAACAUCUAUACAGACGCUUUCUGAAACGUAGAGAAUCUAUAUUUAAAAGCCCUUCAUGACAAAGCAGUCUUUGUCGAAAAUCGGGGAAUCAAAACCGCAGUGUCGUCCGUGACUCUUAACAAACGACAUGUUUCCAAUGUUUCGUCAGCUCCUAAACCUAGGGCCUUUGCACGCGUGAAUCUUUCAGAAUCAUCAUUGUAAUGAUGAUUGCAGGCGUUCGUGAUUCUAAUCAUGUUCUAGUUUGGUCUCACACGUGCUAAAAAUUCGUCAUUAACCUUUAUGGACUUUUACCGUAACUGCUUCUAAAUAUUGGAAUCGCUUACCUUUUACUCUUAGACAAUCACCAUCUGUUGCUUCAUUUAAAAAGGGACUUAACCUUUCUUUUUUUCCAAUCCCAAUUUUUAGGAUUUUAGGAUUGUAAGGUUUAUCUUUAUAGUUGUUGUAACAAUUUCUUUUCUUGUUGUAAGCGCUUUGGGCCAUUCUGGGAAAAGCGCAGUAUAUAAAUGUUAAUAAUAAUAAUA